AUGGCAGAAUCAACUGAUACAGCUAGAAAUCUAUUCGAUGAAAUUGACACGAAUCACGAUGGAACUAUUGAUCCAGCCGAAUUUCGCAGAUGGCUGGGACAUGCUGAAAUACGACCUGUUUCAUCAUAUGAUGUAGCAACUAGUGGGCAUUAUUUAAAUGAUAAUAUUAUUAGUGGGCAUUAUUUAAAUGAUAAUAUUAUUAGUCGACAAUAUUAUAAUACACAUGCGACUAAUAGAUAUGAUUUAUUGGGAAGCGCGGGAGUAGUUACUAACUGGACUAGUGAUACGGCGAUUCAUACAAGUACUGCAGAAGAAACGGAGGCAUAUCUGGAAAGAGCAGUUGAUAUUUAUAGAGAUCCUAAUCCACAAAUUAUUCGACGAGCAGCAAUUGAAGGUCCAGUAACAUAUGAACAACGAAUUCAUGUUCGAUAUCUUGAACCACCAGAAGUUCCACCACCAGGACCGCUCAUUAUUAAAGAAGUCCGUCGUCCACAAUCACCACCACCUCCAGCACUUGUCAUACGUCAACAUGCCGCAGCUCCUCCGACACCACCUCCACUUAUCUUACGUGAACAACCACCAACACCACCACCUCAUGUUCACAGUGAAACAAUUACCCGUUAUUUACCAGAUUUACCUGUUCCAAAACGAUCAGUUGUCAUCGAACGUCUGCCACCUGCUCCAGAAAAACCACGCGAUAUUAUAAUCGAACGAUGGAUUCCCUAUGGACAACCACCUCCACGUCGUACAAUUGUUGAACCGGCUCCUCCUGCUAGAGAAUAUCCAGAACCACGUAAUAUGAUUAUUAUUUAUGAAAAUAUUGAAGCGCGUGUAGUCCGACAAUUUCAAAAUCUUGGCGUUGUCCGAGAAAAUCCUAGUGAUUAUAUAGCUCGUUAUGGGGGAACACUUUUAGAUUCAGCAACACUUGUUCAACAGGCUCGUAAUGCGGGUGUUUAUGAAGAUAUAUCGGCUCCGGGACACUCAUCUACAACAUAUACAACUAUACGCAGAACUAUUAUAGAUGUGGAUCGCCCAACUGAUCGGCCUUCGUAG